CACUUGGCGCUGCGUCUCCAACAAUGGAAGUGCUGGAGUUGUUGUAAAGCUGAGAGCUGAGUGGAAUACACAGAGGCUGUUUCCACAGUGCAAGUGCUCCUCAUUCAUCUACAUUACCAUUUAACGUUUUUAAUCCCUUCUUCCAUAACUUUUCUCUGCUCGUGAUCCCAACUUCCACACUUAAAUAAUAAAUUUCUCUUCACGGAAAAAUUUUUAAUGGAAAGUUUCCUUCUUUUUUCUUGCUUGCCGAAUGGGAUGGACACAGACCCAUUUUCAGAGCUCACACUCUCAUGGGGUUCUCGUCUUUCCCUCAUCUCCUUCUUCUUUCUGUUCUUGUUGUGCAUUUGGGACUCACCGUCGAAACGGCUCUUCCACCUAAUUCACAGGCAGUUUUAAGGGUAAACGGACGACGGCAAGUGCAAUCAGACCCUUGUGUGCCGAUUGGAAAUCAGAGUAAAAGCGAGGGUCGACUAAAAGUUGGUAGUGAUAACAUCAUAUUAAACCCAAGAUUUGAGAAUGGCCUUAGUAAUUGGACUGGUAAAGGCUGCAACAUUUUUUUAUACGAGUCCAUGGGAGAUGGAAAUGUCCUUCCUCCAUAUGGAAAGUUCUUUGCUUCUGCAACAAAUCGUACCGCAAGCUGGAAUGGGAUUGAGCAGGAGAUCACUGGAAGAGUGCAAACAAAUAUUGCUUAUGAGGUUACUGCUGUAGUUCGGAUAUAUGGCGGCAAUCUUGCCAGUGCUGAUGUACAGAUCACCUUGUGGGUUCAGAGCCCAGAUAUGCGUGAACAGUACAUCAAAAUUGCCAUUACGCAGGCAACAGAAAAUGACUGGGUGCAAUUGCAGGGGAAGCUUCUACUUAAUGGUGCCCCAUCAAGAGUAAUAAUAUUUCUAGAAGGUCCACCUCCUGGCACUGAUAUUCUCAUAAGUAGUUUAGUUGUGAAGCAUGCAGAGAAGACACCUCGUCCACCUCGUCCAGCCAUGAAGGAUGCACCUUUUGGAGUGAAUAUAAUUGAAAACAGUGAUCUUGAAGAUGAAACCAAUUGGUGGUUUCCUCUUGGCAAUUGUGCUUUAAGCAUUGGGAUUGGUUCACCACUUCAACUUCCUCCAAUGGCAAUUGAAUCCCUAGGACCUCAUGAACCAUUAAGUGGCCGUUAUAUUCUUGCAAAAAAUCGCACAGAUAGUUGGAUGGGUGCAGCACAGAUGAUCACUGACAGAUUGAAACUCUAUUUAACAUAUCAAGUAUCUGCUUGGGUACGGAUUGGUCCUGGAUCAACUAGUCCUCAGAUAGUUAAUGUUGCACUUGGUGUGGAUGGAAAAUGGAUUAACGGGGGCCAAGUUGAGAUUAAUGAUGAUGUGUGGCAUGAAGUUGGUGGUUCAUUCAGGAUUGAGAAGCAGCCAUCUAAAAUAAUGGUUUAUGUCCAGGGCCCUGCUCCAGGUGUUGACUUAAUGGUUUCUGGGCUUCAGAUCUUCCCUGUUGACCGGAAGGCAAGGUUCAGAUUUUUGAAAAGGCAAACCGAUAAGAUACGUAAGCGUAAUGUCAUCCUAAGGUUCUCAGGAUCUGAAGCCAGCAAUGUUACUGGCAACUUUGUGGAAGUGAAACAGGCAGAAAACAGUUUUCCAUUUGGAUCAUGCAUAACCAGGGCUAGCAUAGACAAUGAGCACUUGGUUGAUUUCUUAGUGAAGAAUUUUAACUGGGUUGUGUUUGGAAACGAACUAAAGUGGCCAUGGAUAGAACGCCAACAAGGUAUCUUAAACUAUAAGGAUGCAGAUGAUCUCUUAAACUUCUGUGAGAACUAUAACUUGGAAAUUCGAGGUCACUGCAUCUUCUGGGAAAUGGAGUAUGCAGUUCAAUCAUGGGUUCAAUCGCUUAAUGGAAGUGAUUUGCUAACAGCUGUUCAGAAGCAUCUAACAGACCUUCUAAUGCGUUACAAGGGAAAAUUUAAGCAUUAUGACGUUGAUAAUGAGAUGCUUCAUGGAUCUUUUUACAAAGACAGACUGGGUAAAGAUAUCCAAGCAAACAUGUUCAAAAUGGCAAACCAACUGGAUCCAUCUGCCACCCUUUUUGUGAAUGAUUAUCACGUCGAGGAUGGAUCUGAUACUAGAUCAUCCCCAGAAAAAUACAUACAACAAAUUCUUGAUCUGAAAUCGCAAGGUGCUCUAGUGGAGGGAAUUGGAAUUCAAGGACACAUUGAAAGUCCAGUGGGGCCUAUUGUUCGUUCUGCUCUGGAUAAACUUGGUACUCUCGGUCUUCCAAUCUGGUUUACAGAACUUGAUGUAUCUUCCACCAAUGAGUACGUUAGAGCAGAUGAUCUGGAGGUAAUGCUACGCGAAGCUUUCGCCCAUCCUUCAGUGGAAGGCAUAAUUCUGUGGGGAUUUUGGGAGCUGUACAUGUCCAGGCAAAAUGCAUAUUUAGUAAAUGCAGAAGGUAAAAUCAAUGAAGCUGGCAGGAGGUACCUUGCUCUGAAGAAGGAAUGGUUGUCUUAUGCUAAUGGGCAUAUUGAUGCACUAGGUGAAUUUAGAUUCAGAGGCUUUUAUGGAACAUACAACGUGGAAAUCAGUUCCCCUACCGGAAAACUUAACAAGACAUUUGUUGUUGAAAAGGGGUUUCCGCUUGCUGCCUCACAGCUCGAGUUUCCAAAACCAAUCGAAAGCAGAAGCAUCCUCAUCCUCAUUCUCAGAUCUGAAGAAACUAUGGAGAACCCACCUACGGAAAUUGGAAAUGGCAAUGAAGAGAUUACGAGAAUGGCAUGUGUUGCUGCUGGAGAUGAGAACAUCAUCCUGAACCCCAACUUUGAGGAUGGCCUCAAUAAUUGGUCAGCAAAUGGUUGCAAGAUUGUUUUACACGAUUCCAUGGCGGAUGGGAAAAUAGUUCCACAAACUGGAAAGGUUUUUGCAGCUGCAACAGAACGCACACAAACCUGGAAUGGACUCCAGCAGGAGAUCACUGCAAGAGUGCAGCGAAAGCUUGCUUAUGAUGUAACAACUGUAGUACGUAUUUAUGGUAACAAUGUCACAAAUGCCACUGUGCAGGCCACUUUAUAUGUCCAAGCACCAGGUCGCCGAGACCAGUACAUUGUCAUUUCCAAUGUGCAGGCUACGGACAAAGAUUGGAUACAAUUGAAAGGAAAGUUCCUUUUAAAUGGUUCUGCAUCAAAAGUUGUGAUUUAUGUAGAAGGUCCACCCCCAGGCACUGACAUUCUUGUCAAUAGCUUUGUUGUAAAACAUGCAGGGAAAACACCUCCUUCACCUCCACCAGUUAUUGAGAAUCCUGCUUAUGGAGUCAAUAUAAUUACAAACAGCGAACUAACUGAUGGCACCAAUGGGUGGUUUCCUCUUGGUAACUGCAAUUUGAGCGUUGCAACUGGCUCACCACGCAUACUCCCUCCAAUGGCCAGAGAAUCCCUUGGAGUUCAUGGACCAUUAAGUGGCCGUUAUAUCACUGUGACCAACCGCACACAAACUUGGAUGGGCCCUGCUCAAAUAAUCACUGACAAGCUGAAGCUCUUCUUGACAUACCAAGUCUCUGCUUGGGUUCGAAUUGGUAAAGGAGCAAGUGGUCCCCAAAAUGUGAAUGUUGCACUUGGCGUGGACAGCCAGUGGGUAAAUGGGGGGCAGGUUGAGAUAAACGAUGAUAUAUGGCAUGAAAUUGGUGGUUCCUUCAGAAUUGAGAAGCAACCAUCCAAGGUUAUGGUUUAUGUCCAGGGUCCUGCUCCAGGUGUUGAUCUAAUGCUUGCUGGACUUCAAAUUUUCCCAGUUGAUCGAGUGUCAAGGUUUAAGCAUUUGGCAAGGCUAACUGAUAAGAACCGUAAGCGUGAUGUCAUCCUCAAGUUCUCUAGAGCAGACUCAAGCAGUUUGGUUGGAACCUCUCUGCGUGUGACACAGACUCAAAAUAGCUUCCCCAUUGGGUCUUGCAUAAGCAGAACAAACAUAGACAAUGAAGAUUUUGUUGAUUUCUUUGUGAAACACUUCAACUGGGCUGUUUUUGGAAAUGAAUUGAAGUGGUAUUGGACAGAGCCACAACAAGGAAACUUCAACUAUAAGGAUGCGGAUGACUUGUUGGCUUUCUGUCAAAGCCACAAUAUUGACGCUCGAGGUCAUUGUAUCUUCUGGGAAGUGGAGUCUGCAGUCCAGUCAUGGAUUAAAUCACUCAACAAAAAUGACUUGAUGACCGCUGUUCAAAAUCGUCUAACAGGUCUCCUCACACGUUACAAGGGAAAGUUCACGCAUUAUGAUGUAAACAAUGAGAUGCUGCAUGGAUCAUUUUAUCAAGACCGAUUAGGCAAAGAUAUCCGAGCAAACAUGUUCAAGACUGCGCAUCAGCUGGAUCCAUCUGCCACCUUAUUUGUGAAUGAUUACCAUGUUGAGGAUGGAUGUGACCCCAAAGCAUGUCCCGAAAAGUACAUUGCGCAUAUUCUUGAUUUGCAAGAGCAAGGAGCACCUGUUGGAGGGAUUGGAGUUCAGGGACACAUAGAUAGUCCUGUAGGACCCGUUGUUUCCUCUUCUUUAGAUAAACUGGCUAUCCUUGGUCUACCAAUCUGGUUUACAGAGCUUGAUGUGUCUUCCAACAAUGAAUACAUUAGAGGGCAGGACAUGGAAGUAAUGCUUCGUGAAGCUUUCGCCCAUCCCGCUGUGGAUGGCAUAAUGCUUUGGGGAUUCUGGGAAUUGUUCAUGAGCAGGGACAAUUCAUGCUUGGUGAAUGCAGAAGGUGACAUCAAUGAAGCUGGCAAAAGACUCCUUUCUGUGAAACAAGAGUGGUUAACUAAUUCUCAUGGCCAUAUCAAUGAACAAGGACAGUUCCAAUUUAGAGGCUUUCAUGGGACAUAUGAAGUGGAAGUGGGUUCUGGCUCCAAGAAGGUUACAAAAACUUUUGUCGUUGACAAGGAUGACUCGCCAUUGGUAUUGUCCAUUGAUCUCUAAGUAAUCCUUGCAGUUAUUAUCCAAUAAAGAGAGUGGAGUCUCUUCAUACAGAAUGUGGUGUUUGUACAUGUGGUGCCCUGGCCGCGGCCUUUACUGUAUUGUGCUAUUGUAAAAAAUUAUAAAAAUUAUGUUGGUAU